AUGGCGACAUCGCAGCUUAUCGCAAUGCGCUACAUGGAUCUUCUAAGUGAGGGAAACGUUGAAAACGCGCUAGUCUAUUUAUCGGACGACGCAGUAUAUAACACCUGGAUGGGUGUUGUGUACGGCAAAGAAAAUGUGGCGGUUUUUCUUCGCGACAAUGUUCGUUUUGUUCACCACGGUCGAAAUUAUAACCGGUGGAGACAAGUACAGCACUCUCUUGAUCCCUCUCUGAGGCAGUACGAUCGGGCCGACGGCUCCGGCAGUGGUAGUGGUAUACCAUCUCGAGCAUUGUUGCAGUAUGGUGGUGAUCAGGCGGUGCGGCGAUACUUCAAUGCGGAGGGCUACGAUUCUCAGGGGUAUGCGACGUUUGAGAGGGAUGGAACUAUAGCGUCUCGCGCAAAAUUUUCCGCUUUUAACGUUAAGGUAAAAGAAACGGUUGUUUUGCGGAACAACAAAGUCGUACUGGUGAAUGUAUCGAAGCGAGUGUGA